ACAGGAGAUGAUUGACGACUACUUCGUGUUUUUGCUUCAACAAUAAUUCGCUAUUGAAUCGUACUUUAACAACAUAUAAGGGCAUCUUGAGCUCAUCAUAAUCUUCUUGGUCAACUUUUCUCUGCGUUCCUUCUCAUUACCAGGGCAUUUCCUCAGACUCUAGCAUAUUGUUGGGGACUUCAAUUUCUAGUAACAAGAUAUACACAUUCUUCAGAUCUCAACAUGGUACCAAGUCUCAUCAAAAGGCUCGGGGCCCUAUCAUCAUUACUCUGCUCUGUUAUGGCUUCUCCGCUAUCUAAGCCCGAGUAUUUGAAAUCUCGAGCAGGUACACUUGCUAUUACAGGCGUUCAAGAUGGAGGUUUACAGCCCCGUCUUGAGAUUCGUUCACUCGCCGCCGAUUCUACUCAAUGGAACUUGUUUUUGUUAGCUAUGAUAGCAUAUCAAGGUAGUGAUCAGAAUGAAUUAUCCUCUUUCUACCAAAUUGCAGGCAUUCACGGUUACCCCUUAAAACCCUGGGACGGAGUUCAAGCUGUAGGAGCUGGAACCAGUGGGUAUUGUACUCAUGGAUCUAACCUUUUUGGUCCCUGGCAUAGACCUUACCUUGCAUUGCACGAGCAACAAAUACAUGCCUGGGGUAUCAAAAUUGCGCAACAAUUCAGCGGUAGUAACUCAGAAGCAUAUCAUCAAGCAUCUUUGGCUCUCAGAAUACCAUAUUGGGACUGGGCUGCCAACCCUGCCAAUAAUGGACCUAUCCUCCCCAAUGUCUUGAGCAAUCCAACCGCUUUUGUCACGUAUCCCAAUGGUAGCACGGCAACAGUGCCCAACCCAUUGUACUCCUAUAGCUUCCAUCCCUUGAAUCCAAGCGAUCUCCAAAAUUCUGCUCCAUUUAGCAUAUGGAACAACACACUUCGGUGGCCAACAUCAAAUAAUGCCGACGCCACGAGUCAAAACAACCUUGCGGAAGAGCAAUUCGAAGCCAACUUACCGAAUUUCAGAACACAAAUCAUGACUCUCUUUGCAAAUUGGCAACCAUAUAACAAAUUCAGCAACAAGGGAUCCGGUGGCUCUGGCCUCGGCAACAUUGAAUCAAUUCACGAUACUGUUCAUACUUUAACUGGAGGCUUCAUUUAUUAUGGUCAUAUGUCCAUCGUUCCAGUCGCUGCAUUCGAUCCAAUUUUCUGGUUUCACCAUGCAAAUAUCGACAGAUUAAUCGCCCUUUGGCAAGCUGUAUAUCCCGAUACAUAUGUCGAACCAACCCAACAGAGAGCAGGCACAUUUACCAUUCAAACGGGUUCAAUUCAAGAUCAAAACUCCCCUUUGACUCCAUUUCAUCGAGAUACGAGUGGCAACUUCUUCUCCUCCGCCGAUGUGCGCAACGUCGAAAGGCUUGGCUAUUCCUACCCUGAGAUAAUCAAUCAUCCAGACAACACUACUCUCCAACAAAACAUUGCUGCACUUUAUACUGGUCCCCCAAGUAGCUUCAAGAAACGACAAGCAGCCACCACAACUUCGCUUCCACGCGACUACCUAGUGAAGAUCGAUUUACCGUGGACAGCUCUUAACGGCACAUAUAGUGUCGGAGUAUUCCUCGGCAAGAGCUCUGCCAGGCCUGAUGAGUGGGCGAAAGAUCCCGCAUACGUUGGUAUGCAUGCUACACUUGGUACACAAAGCAUGGCACCCAAUGAUGUUAUUGCUUCAAGCAAUGUGCAUCUCACCGAUGCUCUUAUCAAAAAACAUGAUGAAGGUGUUCUACCGGAUCUCAACGAAGAUGCCAUUAUUAAAUAUUUGACUGCUAAUCUAGAGUGGAAGGCUCAAAAGGGCGGCAUUGAGAUUGACAUCAGCACUCUGGCUGGUGCAGUGGUGACAACGGAGUCAAUCGAGGUUGCUGCCCCUGAUGCAUUGGGUACUUUUUCGAAUUAUAAGUGGGUAGGAGAUUUCAAGAUCUAUCCGGGUGUGUUUGAUACCAUUGAAAUUUUAUGAGUCAAUUGAGAGAAUGAUGGCGGGUUAUUUUGCUUUUGUCAUUUUUGGGGGGGGUUUAUAGGGGUUCAUGUCACUUGACGGGAGGUCUGUCUUGCUUUUAAAAUUACUGCUGCUAUAUGAAAAAAAGCAAAAAAAUUCCUUGACAUAUGUCAGAACUGAGUAAGAAUAGUUAGAUGCGACUUCGUACACAAACUUAUCCAGGCAGUGGAAUACAUCCAUUCAAAACAUG